CCGCUUCCUGUUUCUGUCCGACAGAUCAACUCUCCUUCUGGAUCAAUCCGCAGAGCUAGAAGCGUAAAACUCUGCUUUGGUUAUUGUUUUUGCAAAAGUAGCUGCGGGGAAAGUUCAGCAGCCGAACUCGGUUCAAAAACACAGCGUUUUAAUGCAGCUCGUCUCAGUGUUUUGGAGGCGGCGGAGCGUCGUGUUGGCGGUUUGACAAGUCAAGUUUCUACUAUAAUAAGUGUUUUAAUGUGAAUUGAAUACAUGCCGACCUCACACCUGGAUUCUACAGAUUCUGACAGUUAAUACGACAUUGUGUGUAAAGAUUCCUGAAGCUGAUCGGGUGGAGUUAGCGGUUAGCGGCUUCGUCUCCACUCGUUUGCAAGGACACAAAACAAAAUGCCGUCAAAUGGAUCAGUGUCGGAUGCGCCGAUCACUCAGUUCAUCAAUUGCAGGAUCCUGAGAGAUCACAAGCUGCAGAGAGAGGAUCUGUGGGUGCGUGAAGGCCGGAUUUUAGAUCCAGAAAAGCUGUUCUUCGAUGAGCUGGGCUACGCUGAUGAACGUGUCGACUGUGAAGGCAGCAUUAUUGCUCCAGGAUUCAUAGACGUCCAGAUCAACGGAGGUUACGGCAUCGACUUCUCUAGGGUGUCUGAGGACGUCAGCGGUGGAGUUUCCUUUGUGGCCAAAAAGAUCCUGGAACACGGAGUGACAUCUUUCUGUCCAACUCUGGUCACAUCUCCGGCUGCCAUCUACCACAAGGUUUUGCCUCAAGUCAAAGUUCACAACGGAGGACAACAUGGAGCUGGAGUUCUUGGUUUCCAUCUGGAGGGUCCGUUCAUCAGUGCUGAGAAGAAGGGAGCCCACCCAGAGCAGUACCUCAGAACCUUCAGGUCUGGAGGGGUCCAGGACCUGACGGAGGUCUACGGCAGCCUGGACAACGUUGCCGUGGUAACACUGGCUCCUGAGCUGGCCAACAGCCAAUCGGUGGUGAGGGAGCUCAGCCAGAGAGGCAUCACUGUGUCCUUAGGUCACUCGGUGGCCAACCUGUCUCAGGCUGAGGAGGCUGUUCAACACGGAGCCUCCUUCAUCACUCACCUGUUCAACGCCAUGCUGCCGUUCCACCAUCGUGACCCCGGCAUCGUGGGUCUGCUGACCAGCGAUCAGGUCCCUGCAGGCCGGACUGUGUAUUAUGGGAUGAUCGCUGACGGGAUCCACACCAACCCUGCAGCGCUGCGAAUCGCCCACCGAGCUCAUCCUUCAGGUUUGGUUCUGGUGACGGACGCCAUCACAGCGAUGGGUCUUCCUCCAGGGCAUCACACUCUGGGUCAGCAGGUCAUCGAGAUCCAGGGUCUCCAUGCUUACGUGGCAGGCACUAAGACGCUCAGCGGCAGCAUCGCCACCAUGGACAUGUGUGUGAGACACUUCAAACAGGCUUCAGGCUGCAGUGUAGAAGAAGCUCUGGAGGCUGCUUCCCUCCAUCCUGCUCAGCUGCUGGGAAUCAGCCACAAGAAGGGGAAGCUGGACUACGACUGCGACGCAGACCUGGUUCUGCUCGAUGACGCCCUCAACGUCAAAGCCACAUUCAUCUCUGGAGAAGAAGUUUGGAGAAAAGAACCGUAGAAGAAGAAGAAGAAGAUGGAAACUGUGGAGACCUUCUGUGCCUUUAGUUUCUGCGCUGUGGGAGAUGACUUUUAUGAACCUGCAUCCAGACUCUUUACAGUUUAUUAUUUUGGUAUUGAAGUCAGUGUUACUGUGAGACGAUGUACCUCUGCAGAGCAAUAACUGGACUGUUAUUAUGUAUUUUUUCAACAGAGGAGAGCUGUGAUAUUAAACACUUGACAACAGUCAAAGUGGAA